AUGAUGUCUGAUGCCGCCGCUGAAACUGCAGUAAUAACACCAGAUGAGAACACGGGAGAUGAGACGACUGUCCCAGUGGGAGGAUUAGGGCAAUGCAACGGAACAGUACAGCAGGGUUCCCACUCUACGACAGAAGAUACUAGUUCAUUGCCGGCAAGUGAAGGGCCAGCGCGAUGGCUUGUCGCCCAAAUUCAGUUGCCUGGGUUUGUGGCAGACGAAGAUUGGACACCCGAGCACACGCGGGAAUUCGCUAGAUUCUGCAAUGACGAAAAUCGCAGGCACUGGUUUCUGUGGAUGAGCAAACCUUCUUGCAGAAAUCCACUGAACCUCAAGGAUGAGGGAGAGUCAGCGGCGGAAAGAUGGGCUUCUUCCAGGCUCUCGUUUGGCGACGAGCUUCCUUCUCACUGCAUCGGCCCAAUGCUGCAGCAGACAACUGUUGAGGAGCCUACCGGACAGGGACUGGUUUUUGUCGGGAAGCGGAAUGCCUUGGUGAAGUCCCGAAAUGCAGAGGAGCAGCUGUUAUGCCUUUCAUUCCACGGUGACGUUCUUAUGCGGCUUGCGGCCAUCGUUCGUGGAGUCCAUAUCCCCAUUCUCGGAGACAACAACGCGUGGCCACAAAGCUUCAGACGGGAGCUUCUAAGGAGGCUGAGUAGCUAUGUCAGCCGGAUGACGGACAUAGUGCAUCGCGCCCAAGGGUGCGCUAAGCUGAUCCUGCCACUGGAGGACCUUGGUGAUACUGCAAGAUGCCUACACGAUCGGGACCUUGUACAGAGGCUUGAAGCGCUCGUUGUCUGUUGGACACGACAAGUGAAGGAAAUCCUAGCGCUGCAGGACGGCCCGGAGGGAGCAGUAGAAUCAGGGCAUCUCGGAGAAAUCCAGCGGUGGACAGAGCAUGCUCAGAACCUGGCUUCACUUCUUCAACAGUUUCAAGAGGACUCCUUACAUUCUGUGCUCAAGAUACUAAAUGCUGCGAAAGCUGCGCAGCAAGAAGUUGCUGCUGCUGCACACCUGGCCGAGGAGAACUUGAAGUUUUUGGAAGUGCUUCGGAAGCCUUGUCAGGAUCUACGAGAAGCGGAUUCAGCGCAAAUACCUCAAGUAGCAACUAGGCUUCUAAUGGCUGUACGAAUCGUUGCAACGCACAGUAACUACUACACGACCCCUGAAAGGAUUGGCGGGAGCGUGGCGGAGCCAAUGGAAAGUCUGAAAAACGCGGUUCAAUGUGGCCUAGCUCUCAACAAGAUUUUCAGCCAGAUUUCUGCGCUGAUUAAGGCGGAGGGAAAGGCUUUGUGCUGCUGGGAUUUUGCAGACGGCGCGGCAUUUGCAGAGAGCGAUGCCUUUGUACAGAGGUGUAGCGACUUGAUAGACGUCUGCCAAGCACAGCUCCAGUUCAACCCCACAGUUCAAUUGAGCCUGCAGGGGGCAACAGAGUGCUCACAGGAGGAACUCCAGGCGAAACCUGCUCAGCAUAGCAACGUUCCUCAAAAUCACCUACCAUUUUUUGGCGCAUUUCAAACGGAAUCAAUUCGCAGCAACAUACGAGAUAUGCAAGAAACAUUUGCAAAAUCUCUUUCGAGGUUGCGUGCAAUGGGGCGCAACGUGCUACAUGUUAAAGCUACUAAUUGGCAUACUGAAUAUGCUCUAUUCAAGGAGCAGGUUCGCGAUCAGGAAUGCAUGUACACGAACAUUAUUGCAACUGCAUUUAAGCGAGUUGCUACAGUUGAGGAAGCGUGUGAGAUAUACGAUGGUUUCAAAGUCCUAGCGAAACGACCCAAGAUCCAAAGGUUUUUGGAGAAGAAGGCCGGAGACGUCUGGAAGCUCUUUCUACAGGCAAGUGGAACGGAUGGAAAAGACGCUGAGCAAGCAAUUGACCUCUUUCAAAAUGUAACUAGCAUGCUGCAGAAAUUCGUGGAGAAAUCUUUCCAGGAAUGGUUGCAGGAGAUUGAAACCAUGCAUCCAUCUGGGCAAGCUAGUCAACCUUCAGAUCUUCCACAAUUCGGCUGUGACAUCUACAUUCUCACCAAAGGGCGAGGGCUUCAGCGGGUUCUACAAGAAGCCCACUUCUGGCAGUGUUUGCAAGACCAGACUAUCCGGCUUCCAUUUUCUAUUCUCGAGCUAAUGAGGCACCAGGACCGCCUAUUCCUUCUACAGCAGCAUGUUUCAAGAAUUGUGAAGGCGUACAACGCUAUAUUUGAGGGCCUAGCGCCCGAAGAGCGACGUCUAUUCCAACAUCAUGUUGGAAUCCUUGACAAGAAGAUUGCUCCGGGAAUUCAGAAGCUGACAUGGAACUCGAAGGGUAUCAAGGAAUUUUUCGUGCGUGACGUUUGGAAGGAUUGUCAAGCAGUUUCGGAAUACGUGAAUCGCUUUCAGUUCGCAAAAAGAGAGAUUGCUAGUAUCAUGGAGGCGUCAACCCAAGUGCGCCUCAUAUGCGUCGACAAGAAAAAUACCCGUGAACUUGAAGACUUCCUCUGUCAACAAACUGAGACCCAGAAGGCGGCACUGCUAACCUUAAAAGAACAUUACAACGAACUUGUGGGCAAUAUUCUAAGCAUUCAAGAGCUAUUCAAAGAACAGAACAAAGAUGUACAAAGAGAAUGGACGGCAUUUGUUGAUAAAAUAGAUGUUGAGUGGCGGGAAUCGCUGAGAAAAGCUGCUCGGAUUUCCCUUCAGGAGCUUGUGACAGCUCUCUACCCGAAAGAAGGGAAACGCAGUUCUGUGGACGCAUAUCCGCUGUUGCGAAUUUUUGCCGUGCUUUGUCUCGACGAGGAAGACGGGUGUGGCAGUCAAAUGGCGUUUGACCCACCAAUGGAUAAAUUAAGGAAGACAAUGGAAGGGAUAUGCAGUGACGCAAUCCUUACGCUAAGCCACUUGCCCAAACUGUGCGAAUCACUGGAGACAAAAGAAGCGCCAACGUCUCCGAGUGAGGAAGGAUCUUCUAAAGCAGCUAACAGCUGGUAUGCUGCACUUGCUACGGACGAAGAGUGUGAAAAGCUUGCAUCACAGGUCUCGCGAUGCGUAGCGAGUACAGCCCAUAAAGUGCUUGAACGUCUGAAGUGGUGGAGCACCAAUUAUUCGUGCUUGCUAGGAAAGAGCGCAGAGGCCUUAAGCCUAUUGCUCCAGCGCUCGGAGCAGCCGUUACAACUGGUUGUCUCCUCCAUCCAGGAAUACAGUGAUUAUCAGAGUGAUAUACAGCAGGAAGAAUCAAAGACGGUUAUUUGCUUUCUCGAGACUGACUUUACACAGCUAAAACAGUCCUUGCUAGAGCAAUGCCACAUGAAACGAACGUCUUUCACUGCGUAUCUGCACGAAAGUGCGAGGAAAGAACAGCAUGCUGUCUUCGACUUUAUUGAGUCCAACACCAAUAUUCUACAACGGGUACCCACGAAUACCGAGGAGCUGCGGAGUUUAGUGGAGCUAUGCAGCUACUGCAAAGAGCAACUGCCAUUCUUGCGCAGCAAAGUCCAGCCUAUUCAUGAGCAGUUUGCAACUCUUCGAGACCUUCGAGUUAAUGUUUCUGAAGUGGAAAUUGAGAACCUUGGAAAGCUUACACCAGCAAUCGACGGCUUCGUGGCAGCCUUAGAAGCCGCAGAGGGCAUGCUUAUUCGGACAAAAAAAGCGAUGAAAGUAGACACGGAAAUACUUGUCAACGUUUUAGGACGAAGGGCCUCAGAGCUCUUGAAGCAAUUUACGACAUCUGCUCCAUUUGACGGGUCAUCCUUCAACUAUGAGGCAGCAACAGCUUUCGGCAUUAUAGAGGGCUUCAAAGCUGAAAUAAGCAAACUUUCUGCUGACAGGGACCAGCUGGUUCCGAUCCUCGACUUCUUCGGUAUUGAGUACCACACUAGUCGGGAUCUGGAACAGAUGGAGCGUGACAUCGAGAAGCUGUGGGACGUGUGGUCACUUAAGAAUGAGUGGGAUGCAGCGUGGGAGUCAAUGAGUGACAAACCAUUUUAUUCACUGGACGUCCCAGAAAUUCAUGCUCAAGGAGAGGCCUUCCUUGAGCGGCUCCUGAACAUUAAAGAAGGCAGGGACUGGGCAAUCUGGCGCAAGGUCCAUCUGGAGUUGGAACAAUUAACACAGGCGUUACCACUCGUUACAAACCUCCUCGAUCCCUCAAUUCGAGAUCGUCACUGGGACCGAAUCAAGGCGGAAGUUGCAGAAAAGUUUGAUCAGCGCUCUCCGGAGUUUACGUUGAAGUCGGUUUUUCACCUGGAACUUCUGCGUCGAUCUGAUUUAAUUGCUCGACUUACUGACGAAGCGCGGAAGGAGUUUAAAAUUGAAGUGGCCUUAAAUGAAAUCAUAGCAGUGUGGAGCUCCUUGGAGCUUAACAUUGUGCCAUACAAAACCCACAUGCUCCGCGUCGAGGCCGAUGAGGGCCUUCUGGCGACUCUGGAGGAGCAUCUGCUAAGCCUUUCAACCAUCAAAAGCGAUCAGUUUCACUUUCCGUUCAAAGAUCUUGUGACAUUCUGGGAAUCUACGUUAUCCACAAUUGCGGAGCUUCUGGAGUUGCUGCAACAGGUGCAAAGGCAGUGGGCAUACUUGGAAAAUGUCUUCAGAGGGUCUGAAGAUAUUCGCAUACUACUACCACAAGAGGCGACGUUGUUCGACAGAACGGACAGGCUUUUCUUCUACACAUUGCUUAACUUCCAGCAGGCUUCGACGCUGGUCAAUGCGUGCAGCCAGCCAAACAUUCGGGAAGAGCUGCGCCUUAUGAACGAAGAUUUGGAAGAUAUACAGAAGUCUCUUGACGACUACCUCGAGAGGAAACGGCAGGAGUUUCCCCGCUUUUACUUUGUCUCUAAUUCUGAUAUGCUGGAAAUCUUGGGGGAGGCAAAGGAUCCAGAAAAGGUUCAGAAGCACAUCAAAAAGUGCUUUCAAGGAAUUAAGAAUCUGGACUUGGUGCCACCUGGAAAACGUGGAAACCGGUGCUGGGAAGCGGACGGAUUUACAUCGUGUGAAGGAGAGCGACUGAAGUUUAUUCCGAGACCUAUAACCGUAGAAGGAGGAGUAGAGCAGUGGCUGAACAAGAUCACACGCGCGAUGCGCGAUACUUUAAGGAAACAGCUGGUCACUGUCCACCAGCAGAGCAUGGCACACGGGACGAAAAAGGACAAGUGGAUCAAAGACAACUGCUUUCAGCUGGUCAUAACGUCUUCCCAGAUUAGUUGGACUAUGGAAACGGAGAGCGCUCUCCGCCGGCUUAGCAGAGGGAAUAAGCUGGCUCUAAAAACGUUAAAGCGUCAUCAGUCAAGACAGCUCCAGCAUCUGUCAGACCUUAUGAAGAAGGCUGGUAGUGACAGAGAAAGAAUGAAGCUCAAGCCGCUAGUGACCGUUGAAGUACACAACAGAGACGUACACGAAAAAUUGAUUCAGAGUCGCUGCGACAGCGAACAUCACUUUUCGUGGACCUCACAGCUUAGGAUGGAGCUGCGGGAAGACAUCCACGAGCCCGACAGAAAUGGAACUUUGGCGUCCUCAAUCCAGCCUGGAUUUUCAGGAGCUCUCGUUUGCCAUUGCCUCCAGACAGAGACAGUUACUCCUUAUGGCUAUGAGUACCAAGGAAUAUACAGUCGGUUGGUCAUAACCCCACUAACGGACCAGUGCUUCAUGGCGCUUACUUUUGCUCUGCACUUGAGACUCGGAGGGUCGUGCCAGGGACCUGCAGGGACAGGCAAGACAGAGACGGUGAAAGACCUUGGGAAGACCCUCGCGAAAUUUGUUAUUGUCUUCAAUUGCUCGGAUGCGCUAGACUACAUUUCGCUAGGACGGAUAUUUAGUGGACUGGCUCAAAGCGGCGCUUGGUUUGCGUCGGAUGAGCACGUCCAGCGGAAGUUCUUUUUUGAGGGACAGAGAGUUCGUUUAGACCUUGGUUGUGGAAUAUUCACAACCAUGAAUCCAGGCUACAAAGGGAGAGCUGAACUACCAGACAAUCUGAAAAGUCUUUUUCGGCCAGUUGCUAUGAUGACCCCGGAUGCCGCUCUUAUAUGCGAAAUUUUGCUGAUGGCUGAAGGGUUUGACAAUGCUAGACUACUUUCGCGGAAGGCGACAGCGCUUUUCCAGCUGAUGGCGCAGCAGCUUAGCAAGCAGGAUCACUACGACUUUGGACUCCGGCCAAUUCGUGCAGCGCUGCAAAGAGCAGGAGAAAUCAAGCGUCAGGCUACUGAAAGCAUGGCGGAACAUGCUGCCGUAAUCCAAGCCAUCCUUGACAUGGUUGUCCCAAAAACUGUUCCAGAGGACUUGGAUAUAUUGUUUGCUCUUGUCAAGGAUCUUUUCCCAGAAGCUGAACUUGCUGAAAGUGAAUCAGAAACUCUUAGGGAGGCUCUGGAAGUGAUCAUAGAGAAGAAUGGUUUGACCAAAGUUGAGGAUCAAGCAACCAAAGCCCAACAAUUGUAUCAGUGCAUGCGCACGCGUCACGGAAAUAUGUUGGUUGGCAGACUGGAUUAUCCCACCGUUAGGAGAUGCGUAGUCAACCCCAAGUCACUGGAUGGAGCUGAGCUCUACGGUGGGUUCAGUCCUACUACACGAGAAUGGACAGAUGGCGUUUUUUCAGCAUUGCUUCGAGCUUGCUGCAACGAAGCUCAGCUACAAAACCGAUGCCAUAGAUGGGUUGUGCUCGACGGACCCGUGGACACAACAUGGGUUGAAAGCAUGAAUUCCUUGCUCGAUGACAACAAGACACUAACGCUGACAAAUGGAGACCGAAUUGAACUGCAUGCCCAGGUGUCACUGCUUUUCGAAGUAGAAAACCUUUCAGCUGCUUCUCCAGCCACCGUUAGUUGGGCACCGUAUGUGGAAGCGUGGCUAACCAAGCAAUACGGGGCGGACGACUCAUCCAGAUAUCUUCGUUCUCUCUUCGACAAGUAUCUUCCCAAAGCGCUGCAGGCAGUUAAGGAUUGCGACCAAGUCGUGAAACUAUCUGAAAUAGGGACAGUCAUAUCUCUAUGCCGACUCUUUGGAGCCUUUGCUUCACAACCAACCGUAAAUGUCAAGGGCCAUGGAUCACAGACCUUUAUGGAGAAACUUUUCCUGUUUUCACUCACAUGGUCUGUCGGAGCAGCUGUGGGGGAGGCCAGCCGGCAGCACUUUGAUUCUGUAAUCCGCCAGCUAAGCAACAGUUUUCCACCACUGCAUACCGUGUAUGAUUAUGCGCUGAGCUCUGAGAAGGGUGAUUGGACUCUUUGGGAGGACCGGGUGCCAUCGCCGUACAGGCCUCUAGAUGGCAUGCCGUUUGAUAGAAUAUUUGUUCCAACAGCCGAUGUCGUAUGCCAUGCCUUCCUUCUUGGCGGAUUAAUGAGACACAAAGUUCACUCACUUGUAGUUGGGAGCCGUGGCUGUGGCAAAACAUCAUGCAUCAAGAAAGCCGUUAUCGACGACCUACCGGACAGCGUCUAUACGACCAUGACACUUACGUUUUCCUCACAGACUUCGUCGAAAGAAGCUCAAGAGGGCUUCGAGAGCAAACUUGAAAAGAGGGUGAAGGGGAAGUGGGGGCCGGCCGGCAGGAAACUACUGCUCUGUUUUGUUGACGACCUGAAUAUGCCGAAGCCGGAUGAAUUUGGCUCUCAGCCUCCUCUUGAACUUCUAAGGCAUUUUCUCGAUUAUGGAUGCUGGUAUGAUCGAGGCCGGCAAUCACUGAAGCUAGUGCUAGACAUGCAAAUUAUUGCGGCCAUGGGAGCUCCUGAAGGAGGCCGAAAUUCCAUAGCUUCUCGUCUACUUUCCCGGUUUAACACUAUCGCCUUCCUGGAGCCGCCAUUACCACGGAUAAAUCGGAUUUACCAAACUCUUGUAGUCCACAAGUUCUCCGACUUCAAAGAGGACGUAAGGAGUAUUGCAGAGAACAUCGCCGUAUCAACUGUGGCGUUGCAUCAAGCAGUCCGGCAAACAUUCAGACCAAAGCCUGGAAGACCCCACUACCUAUUUAGCAUGCGCGAUAUGUCAAAAGUGGUCCAAGGUCUAUAUCAAGCUGAUCAUCGGUGCAUUGAGGACAGGGACAUCUUGCUAAAGCUAUGGUACCAUGAAUGCCAACGCGUGUAUCAAGACCGGCUGGCGUCAAGCGUGGAUGUAGACCGCUUUAUUGAGAUUCUAGAUGGCAUUCUUGAAAAGAACUUUCAGGUACGAACAAAGGAUUUGACAAAGGAACGGGGCAUUCUGUUUAGCCACAUGCGGUUAGAGCAGUCAGGUGCCUUGUCGCUCGGAGGAUACGAGGAAGUUCAGGAUCGCCAAGCUCUGCGAAUGAGCCUACGAGAGGCGGUCGAGCAUUGCUGCAGGAUACACAGAACGCUUUGCAUGCCUAAAGGUCAUAUGCUGCUAGUUGGCAUUGGUGGUAGUGGGAGAAAAUCGCUGGCAACAUUCGCUACAAAACUACUGAAGCAAAACCUUUGGCGAAUUCGAGUGACAAAGAACUUCACAGUUCGAGACUUUCAUGAAGAGUUGAAACAACAUAUUGUGGCUGCAGGAAGAGAUGGCAUCCGUUCAAGCCUACUGCUUACUGAUAAAGACCUUAAGACUGAGGCAUUCUCAGACUGCUUGAACAGCCUACUAGGUUCGGGGCAAGUCCCGGGAAUGCUGGAUGCGGAAAGCCUUGGAAUGCUGCUUAAGGACCUUCAGCCAGCAGCUGAAGCUGCGAAGGUUUCACUGCCGUCGGAUGCAAUGCUUGAGUUCUUCUUAGCACGCGUCAGGGAAAAUCUCCGAGUACUUCUCUGCGUUAGCCCAAUCGGGAGCACAUUGAGGGACUACUGCCGGAUGUUCCCCGCAUUCAUCAAUGAAACGACCAUAGACUGGUUCUUCACGUGGCCCCAAGAAGCUCUUGAGGAGGUUGCAGCUACAUUCCUGGAGUCGGCCGAUAUGGAAGCCAGCACUCGAGAAGCAGUUGCACGAGCAAGUAGCUAUGUUCACAUGGAUGCCAUAGGCGAGGCCGAAACCUUCCAAAAAGAAGCAAAGCGAACUAGUUUCAUUACGCCUACUAAGUUUCUUCGACUUGUUCGGACGCUUAAGGAGAAGAAAGAUCGAGCGCACGAGAAGAUUGAUAAGCUUUCAAAUGGUCUAGGCAAGCUAGUAGAGGCGCGUGAACAGGUAGAGGCGAUGAAUGAAGAACUUGAGGCAAAGAAAGAAGACGUUGCAAGAAAGCAACGAGAGUGCGACGAGCUGAUGGUGGUUAUUGUCGAGAAGCGCACUCUGGCAGAUGAACAAAUGAAACAGGUUGAAGCUGACAGUGCCCGUAUUCAAACUGAAGAAAUGGAAACGAAAAUUCUUUCAGACGAAGCCAGGAGGGACCUUGCCAAGGCUAUGCCUGCCCUGGAAGCAGCAAUAGACGCACUUGAGAAGCUCGAUAAGAAGUCGGUGGCGGAGGUCAAAGCAUACACCAAGCCGCCAGACCUUGUCGUCAAAACGAUGGCAGCUGUCAUGACAGUCAUGGAAAAGUCACCUUCGUGGUCUCAGGCAAAAAUCGAACUCAAUGACCCCAGCUUCCUGACAAGAGUUAAAAACUUCGACAAGGAUUCAAUAACGAAUGCAACUUUAAAAAAGAUAGAAAAAUUUACGAAAGACCCUUCCUUUGCACCGCCAAACGUGCAAAAAGUGUCUCGUGCCGCCGGAGCUCUCUGCUUGUGGGUUCAUGCAAUGCAAAUGUACGCGGAGGUGUACAGGGAAGUGGAGCCAAAGCGUCUAAAGCUACGCCUUGCAGAAGAGGAGCUCGAGAAGAAACAGAAUGACCUACGUCUCGCCCGCAAAAGCCUAGAGGACAUUCAAGGAAGACUUGAGGAACUAAAUAACCAGUAUGAUGAAAGCCUCCGCAACAAGAGUGAGCUAAACAGCUCGGCUGAAGAAUUACGGGUGAAGCUAGAGAGAGCAGAAAGCCUCAUCACUGGGUUAGCUGAUGAGAGAGAUCGGUGGGAGCUCUCCUUAGAAAGCUUCAAGGAUAAGCUGGGCAACAUCCCUGGGGACGCCCUGCUUGGAUCAGCUUUCAUGUCCUACGCUGGCCCAUUUACAUCAUCAUAUAGGUCUCAUCUUGUGAAAGAUCUUUGGAUGAACAAACUCCAAGAUUCGAGCAUUCCGUGCAGCGCCGAUUUCGAUUUUACUGACUUUUUCGUUACUCCUGUAGAAGUCCGACAGUGGCAAUUGGAUGGGCUCCCAACUGAUCCCUUCUCCGCUGAAAAUGGCGUUUUGAUCACAAAAGCUUCGAAGUGGCCUUUGAUUAUUGACCCCCAAAAUCAAGCUAACCGCUGGAUUAGGAAGCUAAAGUCAUCACAACUCACGGUUGUCGACCCUGAGUCAAAUUCACUUCUGCGAAUUCUCCAUCUUUCAGUACAAACAGGACGAUGCGUACUGCUUGAACGAUUGCAAACUCAAAUUGACCCAUCACUGGAGCCUAUCAUUACCAAGAAUGUUGUGGAUGUAAACGGGAAGCCCUUCAUUAGCAUUGGAGAACAGCUCGUGCCAUUUGAUGGUAGUUUUUCGCUUUGGAUGACAACGAAAAUAGGAAAUCCCCUGUUUCCGCCUGAGAUUGAGGCUGAAGUCACCAUAGUUAAUUUUGUAAUCAUGCAAGACGGCCUUGCAGAACAGUUGCUGGGAAUCGUUGUCAUGAAGGAAGAGCCGAGUCUAGAGGCGCAUAAGCACGCCCUAGUUUUAAAGCUUGCUGAGGGGCGAAAACGACUGCAAGACAUUGAGGACCAAAUUCUUAGAUUGCUAACAGAUGCAAGAGGCUGCCUGCUGGAUGAUCUCGAGCUGAUUCGCGUGCUUCAGGAUUCAAAACGCGUCGCAGGGGAAGUUAGUUCCCAAAUUGAAGUUUCUGAACGCACCAUGAAGAAAAUUGACCAAGCGCGAGAGGCGUACCGGCCCUGCGGUCACCGAGCAUCAGUUCUGUACUUUGUAUUGCAAGAUCUAGCAAUGGCAGACUCCAUGUAUCAAUUCUCGCUGGAUGCCUACGAGGAAUUAUUUGUGGAAUCAAUUCAAGCGGCGAUGGAGUCCAGUGCAAUGGCGGCCUCCGCAGAAGACCACGUCAUGGCACUCAAUGCAGAUCACACGCUAGCCGUAUACAAGUACGCACGGCAAGGGGUGUUUGAACGUCACAAGCCCUUGCUAAGCCUUCACUUGUGCGCCAGCGUUCUUCUUGCUGACGACCAGAUUAAUAGGCAAGAAUAUGCCUUUUUGUUUACUCACGGGGGCGUCCCUGACUCACCGCCGCUUGUUGCUAAUCCUGAUCCAGAGUGGAUUUCGCCGGUAGUCUGGCAGCUCAUUUGCAAAGCUGACCAACUAGAAGGCCUACAAGGGCUGCAGAGCUCUAUAGAGCAAAACAUAAGGGAGUGGCGCCGGUGGUUUGGAUCCCCAGAGCCUGAGCGGGCCCCACUUCCUGGUGACUGGCAAAGCAGGCUAGACGCUCUGCAGCGCCUAAUUGUUAUUAGAUGUCUUCGUCCUGACCGAAUUAUCCCUGCAUCAUCUCGGUUUGUUACCGAGUCUAUGGACUCUAAGUUUGUUGAGUACGCGCCGCUCGAUUGGGAAGAAUUACUGUCGUCAUCGAAAAACUCGGUCCCACUGCUUUUCAUCCUGUCUGGAGUAGACCCUAUUGGGCAGCUUAUGGCGUUUGCGGCUUCAAAAAACACAACUGUGGUUUCUGUUGCACUAGGCCAAGGACAAGCACUGCGAGCAGAACAAGUUAUCCGCGACGGUGCUCGCCACGGCUUUUGGGUUUUCCUGGCGAAUUGCCACCUUGCUAUCUCUUGGCUGCCGGCACUCGAAAAGCUAGCUGAGGAGAUUCUUGAAGCUCACCUCCACCCAGACUUCCGACUCUGGCUUAGCUCUGAACCUACAGUUCAUUUCCCUCUUGCCCUGCUGCAAAGGUCAACGAAAAUAACUAUAGAGAGGCCGCGUGGACUGAAAGCCAACCUCCAACGCUUGUUACAACAGCGCACUGAAGAGGAGAUGCAGCGCGUGGCUGGAGGCGAGGACCGUUACAAACGGCUCUUCUUUUCUCUCUGCUGGCUGCACUCCUUACUUAUAGAGAGAGGAAAAUUUCACAAUUUCGGGUGGAAUACACCUGCUAGUUUCAGCGACAGCGACUUCUUCGUGGGAGACAGCCUUCUCGCAACAUACUGUGAACAGUCUACAAACGAGUUUCCCUGGGAUGCAGUUCGCUUCCGAAUUGCAGGAGCUUGUUAUGGUGGCCGCUUGACAGACGAAAGGGACAUGCGAUUGCUGCGAGUCUACUGUAAUGACUGCUUCAAUCCGCAAGUGUUGGCUAAUGACUUUAAGUUCCAAGGGCUGCAGCAGUAUCCUAUGCCUGAAGACACUUCCUUAGCUGGCCUCCGGCAGUACGUUCGUGAGCUGCCAGCAAUAGAUCCGCCCGAGCUCUUUGGCCAGCACGUUAACGCUGAGAUCCAGUCACAGAUAGAAGAGGCCGAAGAGUUGUUUGCAACUCUUUUGAGUAUCCAACUCCCCGGGGCUGGUCCCAGCGACAGCGGAGACGCUGAAUCCCGAGAAUCAAGAAUCUUGCGGUGCUGUGAGCACCUCGAAAGCGUACUUCCCAACAACUUAGACAUUGCAAGGAUGCAACAAGCAACAGUCGAAGAUGCGUCGCCUCUACGAGUCGUAAUGAUACAGGAGGCUCAGCGUCUCAACAGGCUCCUCGCCUGCGUCACAGAGAUGGUGCGCCAUCUUAAGAGGGGUGUCGCCGGUCUUGUCGUGAUGACAGAAGAUCUGGAAAAGCUACAGUGCUCUUUACUUAACGGAAAAGUUCCCCAGUGCUGGGAAUUCGCUUUUCCGUCGCUGAAACCCCUCACGUCUUGGGCUUACGAUGUAUCUGCCCGUGUGGAACAAAUAAGCAGAUGGGGGCUGACAACAUACGAUGAAAACACAAUUCCGUCAGCACCGCGGGAUGGAGCCUACGUAAAGCGGCUGUACCUUGAAGGCGCCUCAUGGAAUGUUGAAGGCAUGUCUCUUCGGGAGCCGGAGCCCAUGCAGCUCAUGUGCGAAAUGCCUGUUGUCCACUUCAAGCCAGUAGCCCGCAGACGUGCCCCACUUGAAAUGCCUUAUAUGUGCCCCAUCUACCAAUACCCCUGCCGUACUGGGAGCAGCGGUAGGCCAUCCCUAGUAACCAUGCAGGAGGUACGAAGCGGAACGCAAGAUCCUUCGUUUUGGGUCAAGCGGGGCACGGCCAUUGUGCUAUCUACAGCUUCGUAA